GUUCUUCAAAGUUCAAAUUGGUAGUUGUGAGUGUCGUCUGUCAAACGUGCUAUUUUUUUGUAUGGUCAAACAGAAUAAAAUAUAAGGGAUGUAAGACUUGUGUUUUGUUAAACUAUUUUAUUAUUCUUAAGUGGUUGUUAUUAAUUGUUAAUGAUUUGAUUUGACACUCGUGCUGAUUAAAGUAUUCCAAUGGAAAAUCAAGAACCCAGAAAGUUCAAACUGAGGAGACUUGUGCCUAUUCAUACUCAAAGGCAUGAAGAUACAAAUGAAUCAAUCAUUAGUAAAAACUUGGAGCCCUUGAAGCAGAACGUUGAAAAGAAGAAAAGGGCCCAGGAGAUAUAUUACGAAAAUCACGCAGAAGAGUUAGGUGCAAGUCCGUUGCUCAGAGAUUUGGGUAAGAAACCCGUUAAACAGCGAUUAGGUCGACGGGUACCUUUUCCAGGUACAAACACAUCUGCUAUUCCUCCCAAGCAAAGGUUGAAAAGGUUAAAUAACACACAGAACAACCAAAUAAAUAAAAGGAAAUCUCGGAGUAACAUCGCUCAACAACGCCUCAACCUCAUCAGAGCAAGGUCGAACCAGGAUGCCUUAUUAAGACAGAAUGGAGUUAAGAAGUUCAGAUUGCGACGGUUGGUACCCACUGCUCUGACAAGCACACCGAAAAACUUCAAAGUCCAAGUCAGCAACAACAUUGUAUCGGUAGAAAAACAACGGUUCAUGACGAAUGUCAAGAGAUUCAAAUUGUGUUUGGACCCUGAAAUUCAGUUGCAGAUCAAACAACUCCAGGUUAUGUACCAGGGGGAUAGUGUGAAAUUCCCUAUACAGGUCCAGCCAACAACUACGUUAUUGACGAUGAAUCAACGUUUCGCUAUGCUAAGUUAGGGAACUGUAGGAACUACGAUUUUAUUUUCAGUUAACAAAUUUCAAUUUUAUUACUGAUGUUGCGUCGUACAAUGUUAUGAAAGAAGUUAGUUUAUAUGAAUCUUUUAUUUAGGGAGGAGAAUACAAGUUUAUUGGCAAUUGUAAAUGCAUCAAGUAAUAAAAAUCAUUUUCUAUAA